CCAAGCGGGAAGGGAAACCCAUAAACAAUUCAUUCCCUACUCCCUUUCUCUCCUCUCUCUACAACACUUUUCUUUCUCUUUCCUCUCUCUCUCUCUCUAAAAAAGUACCUCAAGAACUCCAAACUAAACGCUCUCGUCUCUCUCUACUACCCGUUUCCAUCUCCAUUUUGAUGUUUCUUCCUCGUGGAUAGCAUGGGUUUUCUUGUGCAGUUUGUAGUUGUGUAGUUUUGUGUUUCGGUCUCUGGGUAUUGUACGUAGGUGCUGAGAAGCGAGUUCUUGGUAGUUUCUCUCUCUAGGCAGCUGGUGUGUUGUUCUUGUGAAAAGUCUGUUGCUUUCGCUGCUCACCAUCCUGAAAUUUCACUGGUUUUUCUUUUCUUGUUUGGUUUUUUUGACCACUUCUCUACAUGUUUGUAAGUUUAUUUGUUUAUUUGUAGUCCUACUGUCGCUAGCUUUUCUCGCCCUCCUUUUUUCUCUCACUUCCUCUCUCUAGGUGAAAGGAAGCGUUCGGCCAUGGAGGCAUUGCAAGAGGGUUUCUCCAUCAGAGGAUAUGUGUCGAGGAUGAGAAGUGUAAACGUGUUGAAAUGCUGGCCCUUCGAUGAGACCACCAGUGAAGAAACUGUAAAGUCUUUGCUCCCUCCGAUCGCUGUCAAGAAAUUCACCUGGUGGCUUGAUGAGCUCGAAUAUAUGCAAUUAGAAUCGGCUGAGACCGUUAAGAGGUCUCAAAAGCAGAAGAAAAAGAUGCUAGAAAGGGGAGAAACCUCUUUGGGAAAUGAAGAUGGGGAUGCGGAGGAGUCUGAUAUUGAUGUUGAAGAAGUCAUGGAAGUAGUAAAGGUGAAGUCCUUAAGGGGUAAGUCUAAGGCUCCCAAGAAGAGGUCAAUCAUGGAGAUCUUCGCUGUGGCACCGCCGGUUGAGAGAGUUAGCAGCGAGGAGGAGGAGGAGGAGGAGGAAAGCAUAGAAGAAGAUGGGUUUUCCAGUUCCAACAAUUCUUAUCAUGAGGAUAUUAACUGGGGACUCAAAGGGAAGAGAAACGAGAAGAAGAAGAAGAAGACGAUGGAGAAUACGGAUAUUAUUACCUUGAGGAAAGCAAAGAGAGUAAUCAAAAAAAUCAAGAAGAAGAAGGCCCAGAAAGGAGAUGACAGUAUGGAUCUAUCAGUUCCAAACAAGGAGAAUUCUUUUAAAUUCAAACCAGGAGCUCCAGACAAAGUUAUUGGAAAUCCAAGUUCAUCAUACAGUAAGGAGUUUGCAAAUGGUAUACGUGAUUGUGCAGUGAUCCUCAAGAGAAAACCAAGACUUCAACAUCUCGAUGCGGAGAACAAAACCAUGUCUUGUAAAGCUUUUAAGUUGAUUGAAGAAAACCAACAUCCGGGGCUUCCUCUGCGCAGUAUUUUAAAGAUUCAUACCAAAGAAUCAUCUCGAUAUCAGCCAACAAGUUGUAUCUUGCAGAAGGCUUCUCAAGUGAAUCGUUGUAGCACACAAAAGGCAACUAAACAUGUUACUUUCUCAGACAAGGAUGACAUACUUAGACUGAGAACAAAACCAUCUCAUUUCAUAGAAUGUCUCGAGUUGAAGGAGGUGUGUGGCUCAGAUACGAGCAAUAUUCACCAUGCUGAGGGGCCGGGGAAAGAUUCACCUAUUCUGGGAACCAGUGGAAGUAAGAGUGUCCAUAUUAGAAUGGAAAAGGAAGUCAAGGCUGGACCUGUAAGUAAGGAGCAGUUUGUUAGAUGUAUUGUUGAUCCGACUUCCUCGACGACGCAGAACAAUGAAGAGGAACUGUUUAGCAGAUUUUUAGCUUCAGAGAGACGCACAGCUAGUGGCAUUAAUAGGCAUCUGCCUGACAGUGGCUUCAGAGAUGCUCCAUGUAAUCCAAUCUAUGCUCGUCCUCAUGGAUUAGCUUGCAUGCCUCGGGAGGAUUACUUCAACAGUCCAAAUGUCAAGUUGGUGAGUAAUUCAGCAAACUAUACCCGUCGGAGACUGAUCAAAGAUUUAGGGAGUCCUAGUCCCUUAUUUUCUCCUGUGUGUUUCAAGGAUUAUCAGAAAACUUAUAAGGAUACUUCAAUACCUGAAGCUUCCUCACAAAGCACAGUAACUAAUAAUGCCCAAAGCACAGUAACUAAUAAUGCCCAAUCUUUCCAGUUUCAAACAUUUCCGUAUUUUUCUCCCAAGGAGUUCCUGUACGCUAGUGAUUCUCCACAAGACGGGAACCUGGCUGGAAAUAUUUGUGGGAGCAGGAGAAUACAUGACAUACAUGAAGAUUUUGUCGGGUUGCCUCUCAAUUCACAGGGAGAGUUGAUCACAUCGACUUCAAGUGUUAAAACGGACUUUAACCAGACGAUGAAUUCAAGAAUUGGUGCUGUUCAUGCCAUUAGCUUAUCUCUGCCAAGCAAUGCCCUUACAAAAUCCUUGGGUCAUCACUCACAGAGCAGAAAUUUGGAUUGUAGAACAUCCUCAAGGAACCAGUUGAAUUUGUUCCCUAUCAAGGACUAUGUGAAAGAGAAUCCUGUAGUUGUUAUUCCAUCAAGAUUAGAAGAUAUCACUGAAUCUCAAAGAGAGAGGACAACAAAUCUUGAUGCUGAUUUUCUUAAAAUAAAUGAUGAUUCCUUUCACGACUCAAUACAGAAGAGUCCUGGAAAUGAGAAGAUUCAAUCAAGAAUGCGUUUGAUGGGUAAAGAGUUUAUAGUUGGUGGAAGUGGCUUUCAAGGAUUUGAGGAUGGACAUAUUUGGAAGGAUAAGCACAUAGUUGACGAGCUUCAUUUUGGAAAUCAUUCUGUCAGCAAUGUUGUCGUACAUGGUCAGAAUAAACCGUCUUUAGCGAAAUUUAGGGAGACUUUGUUUUGUCCAUCGGAAGUUGAAGUCAGCCACCGAUCAGAAGGCAUGUAUAAUCUCCCUCAGUUUGAUUCCCAAACUGGCUCGAUAUACCAGAGUGUUUUUGUUGCAAGAAAAAUCGACCCUUUUCAGAAAUUAGUUCCUAGCUUAUCUCCAGGUACAUCACCUGAAGUUUACAACAAGGAAUGUUUUUUCUCUGGGCCCUUCAUGAGUGGACAUAAAUCUCAGUUGUUUAGCCUUGAGCUCCCCACACAAACAGCUGGUCAUCAGGAAGUAUUUCCUGACGUUGGGCCAAAUGUCAUUCAACUGAAAAACGAGCAGAUUCCUCCUCAUUCUCAAGUAUCAGCCAUCAGAUUUCCCUUCAUGCACCCGGAUCUUGACAGGCAUGCCAAAUCUUCUUGGAAUUGGAGAUCUUCCGUGAAUCAGCCUCCAUUUUGUUCAAAAGGAACACAUUGGGGUAAAAAUAGUCAAUGCCUGGGACUAAGUCAUCCAUAUCUGAUGCCUGGAGCUAGUCAUGGGACCGACUCUUCGGUGUCUCUUAAACCCGAUGCUUUUUGUCAGUUCAGUCCUCUCCCCACCAGCUUUAAUUUGCAGAGUUCUACAGCUCCAGCUUCCUUGGCUCCUACUUCGUUGCCUCAGCAUACUGCCUUACCAGUUUGUUCUGUGCAGAAACGACAUGGAAAGCAGAAGAAAAGCAAAGAUCGGGUCAACUCAAGAAUUGAUAUUAGAGUUCUUGAUAAUGGCAAGAAAUCUAGAAGAAGGCCUUUAGCUAUAUCAAAUGUUCCCUUUAGGUCCUUAAAGGUGCCGAGCUUGGGCUUUCAUCAACAUUUUCAAUGUUCCAUAGAAAAGCCCUGUGCUACUUGGGAGGGCAGUGGUCGAAAUACUGAAACAGCAUUUGAAUCAUGUUUAGCUACGAAAACAAAGACUAUGAUGCAUGGUGAAUCUGGGGCUGAUAAGGAUGAAGAAAUAACUCACCCUUGGACGAAUUCCUCCUACGCUGAUACUGCAAGAACCCGUCCAGUCAAGCUGACUGCUGGUGCAAAGCAUAUACUCAAGGCAUGCCAACAAAUAGAUCACAGUAACUCCAGUUCUACGGAUUCAAGCAUCUCUCUCUCUGAAACAACCACAGGCUUCAGGUUUUCAGAGUCUGAAAAUUCGGCCAGUGUCUUCAGGUUUUCAGACAGGAAGACUCCUGUAUUCGAGUUGUAAUAUUCCUACUAAGGAUUCAACAUCAAUGGAACAACUGCUAUCCACCAAAGCCGAAGUAGGAGGAACUAUCCAGCAACAUAUCUGAUUCUUAUGCAAAUUAUGCCUAAAAAGACACUGAGACUAACUCUUUGUUGAGCAUAAGAAGAUAGGAAUGCCAACCAUGAAGAUCAAGAGCUGGAGCUAUCGCAGAACUAAUUCUGGUAAGAAUCCACUGGGCUUUGUUGACAGUGCAUUGGAGGCUAUCCCUUUUGUAUAUUUUGUCAUCUCCUUUCUGGAAUUGCUUAUACAGUAUCUUUGUCAUAUUACAAGCAGUACUAAUGCUAAUUAUGUGCACGGCUCAAAAACGGGAAAAAGGGAUAAGAUAUUAA